AUGGCUUCUAUAACACCCAUCUCACAGUCCCAGCCCUUAUUCAAGAAACCUCAAUUCACAAUCUUGAAUAAGCCUAAGGCUCAGUUUUUGUCAAUACCCUCUAUGAGUUUUUCUCAGAGGAAGACAAGGAUGGAGGUGGUUUCAGCCACAACAGCUGCUGAGAAGUCCAAGAAGAGGUACCCUGGAGAGGCUAAGGGGUUUGUGGAGGAGAUGAGAUUUGUGGCUAUGAAAUUGCACACAAGGGACCAGGCUAAGGAAGGAGAAAAGGAGCCUGAGGGUAAGCCUCUGGGCAAAUGGGAGCCUAGUGUUGAAGGGUACUUGAAAUUCUUGGUGGACAGUACAUUGGUUUAUGAUACCCUGGAGAUAAUUAUGGACAAAGCUGCUUUUCCUGAAUAUGCAGAAUUUAGGAACACAGGAUUAGAGAGGUCAGAAAGUCUUGCAAAAGAUUUGGAAUGGUUUAAGACGCAAGGUUAUGCCAUCCCAGAACCAUCUUCUCCCGGUGUUAGCUAUGCUCAGUAUCUGGAAGAACUAUCCGAAAAGGAUCCUCAAGCAUUCAUUUGCCACUUUUAUAACAUAUACUUUGCCCAUACAGCUGGUGGGAGAAUGAUCGGGAAGAAGGUAUCAGAAAAGAUCCUUAACAACAAGGAGUUGGAAUUCUAUAAAUGGGAUGGAAACUUAUCUGAACUGUUGCAGAAUGUUCGGGAGAAGCUGAACCGGGUUGCUGAAAACUGGACAAGGGAGGAGAAGAAUCAUUGCCUGGAAGAAACUGAGAAAUCGUUCAAGUUUUCUGGGGAUAUCCUUCGUUUGAUAUUGUCAUGA